CUUGACAUGUUGAAAGUUGAGUUGGCAGGCGAUAAACUGGAGGCGGGCCUGAUAGACGCUGUAACACAAGAGGAACGAGACGCUGUUAUCUACGAAUAUAUAGAAAAAUACAAAGAUGAGCAAAACAAAGUAUACGUACCCGAUUUUCAAACAGGUAUGGAAUGGUUCAACACAACACAGCCACUGUCUCUGCAUAAAGAUCUACAUGGCAAAAUAGUCAUCUUAGAUUUCUUCACAUAUUGCUGUAUUAACUGUAUGCAUAUAUUACCAGACUUAGAAGCCAUAGAAGACGAGUAUUCCGUUGAAGAUGGUGUAGUUAUCAUUGGUGUACAUUCUGCUAAAUUCACAAAUGAAAAAGUAUCAGCAAAUAUUCUAGGUGCUGUCUUAAGAUAUGAGAUAUCGCACCCUGUCGUUAACGAUCGUGACGCAACAUUGUGGAAAGCUCUACAAAUACAAUGUUGGCCCACAAUUGUUGUUGUCGGCCCGAACGGAGAAGUUCUACUUGUUCUUGCUGGGGAAGGUAAUCGUGAAAAGCUACUUGAUUUUACACGGAUUGCAGUUGAUUAUUACAAGUCAUCUGGAACACUAAGUAGUCAUAAUAUUACAAUAGAACUGGAGAAGAAUAAGUUAUCGAAUAAAACGCUAUCAUUCCCUGGAAAGAUUUGUAUGGAUUUCACUGGUGAUAAUCUUGUUAUUUCUGAUAGUGGACAUCAUAGGAUACUGAUAGUGUCUAAAGAGGGUGUGGUCAAGGAGUGCAUUGGUGGACCAAAUAGUGGAUAUAAUAAUGGCAGUUUUGAAGAAGCCAAAUUUCAUUCUCCGCAGGGAGUCAUUUGUCAUGGAGAUUAUAUAUAUGUUGCAGAUACUGAUAAUCAUGUUAUAAGACAGAUUGAUUUAAACAAUGAACUAGUAACAACAGUCGUUGGUACAGGUGUGUUGGGGGAAGAUAAAGAAGGUGGUGCCAUUGGUGAAUUACAACCAAUAUGUUCACCGUGGGAUUUGGAAUUGGGAUGUUCACCAAGCAGUGAUCAUGACGAUAUUAUCUAUAUUGCUAUGGCAGGUUCUCACCAAAUAUGGCUAUAUUUUCUGGAGGAUGCUGAUUGGUUGAAAUCAACUCAUUACAAGAAAGGAACUUGUGUGCGGUUUGCUGGUAGCGGUAAUGAAGAAAACCGUAACAAUAGUUAUCCACAUAAAGCAUCUUUUGCACAACCAUCUGGUAUCUCCAUAGCAAAAGAAGAACACAAUUGUCUAUUUAUAGCUGACAGUGAGAGCAGUAGUAUCCGAACUGUUUCCUUGAAAGAUGGAGCUACGAAGUGUGUCGUUGGAGGAGCGAGAGACCCAAUGGAUUUAUUUUCAUUUGGUGAUGUAGAUGGUAAAGGUAUAGAUGCUAAAUUACAACAUCCUUUGGGUGUUGUGUGGAAUCCAAAAGAUGAAAUGGUCUAUGUUGCUGACUCCUAUAAUCACAAGAUUAAAAUAGUGGAUCCUGUGAAGAAAACGUGUAGUACCUUGUAUGGUAGUGGUAAUGGUAACACUGGUGGAGAUGCUGAUUGUGUUGAAUUCAAUGAACCUAAUGGCCUAUGCGUUGAUACACGUGAUGAUAAAUUAUAUGUUACUGACACAAAUAACCAUACUAUUAGAAUUAUCAAUUUACAAAAUAAACAGGUUUCUGAAUUAAAAGUUGUAUUCGUAAGUGAAAAGUCAAAAACUGAACUUGACAUGGAUCGUAAGAAACGUGCACGACUGACCCCUAUGAGCACACCAAUAGAUAGACAAGACACAUUGUAUGUCUGCCCUGGAACAUGUAUAAAUAUACAAUUAGAUAUACAGUUAUGCCAUGGAUUGGUUUUAACACCGGAGGCACCCACUGGAUGGCAGAUAUUACCAAAUGAUGAUGACUUGUGUAAUGAAUUGUUUGCCUCUGUACAAAAACUACGAGGUAAGAUGCCCAAUAUCAACCAGCAGCCAAUGAUAAAACUACAAGUACCUUCUACCUACUGUGCCACAACUACAUCAUUCAAGGUGGAAUGUAUCUUAUAUUUCUGUGAGAACACUGGCAAAUGUCACAUGAAAGGAAUUGUAUUUGAGUUACCAAUUAGAGUUGGUGAGAAAGUAGAUGAUAAACUUACAGUGAAUGUUACACUACAUAAAGAUAUCUCUCUGCAAUAAGCUUCCAGGAAAUUAAGUCAUGUGUUACAUGUGUCUUAUCAUCUUACCCAAACAUAUUGACACCCUGAUACUGUAAAACCAUUUAUUUUCACUCAAAUUUAAUUUUACUAUUUUGAUAUUUUAAGCAUUUUAACUGGGUUUUAAAUUCAUGAAUUUGUCAGUAAAGAAAUGAGUUAUAAUGUAUUUUUAUGUGGAUUUCAUUCAGAGAAAAUAGGAAAAUUAAAACCCAGUGAAGAAUAUACCGAUAUUUACAUGUGAGGACAGUGUAUCAAUAUACUUAAAAUAUAAUUGGCAUAGUUGUGAUCGACAAGAUUUAGUCAUUUAUGUAUGAGUUGAGCAGGUUUGUUGAUGAUGUCACUCAUGACUAAUCAGCUACCAGUUCUCAUGGUUACUUAAAACACACGUUUCCAGUUAAAAUUCAGUCUGUUCUUGUCAGAUAACGAUAGACUUGCCAUUGGAGUACAUUUCUGAACACGUUUUGCCAUGAAUGACUCUUUUUUAGCUUUGUAUAGUCUGUGAACCAUCAUCAAAAUGACAUCACUCUGAUAAUAACUAAUUUUUAAAUCUUGGGGUAUUUUGAUUUCUUCCAUCCUCUUUUUAUAUACAUACCAAUAAAGCGCAUGUCAUAAGUGGCUGAAAUACUUAAUGUAAAUAGGAGAGUAUAGAUACUUUUUAUAUGUGAAUGGAUGGCCAUUGUUGUGAAGUCAUUUGAUAUUAAAGUUUUUCAAGUUUCUUUCUACUUGAAUAUAACUAUACAGUACUGUUUGCUAAGCUUUAGUUCUAGUGACAGCAGGCAAGACCAGGUUUUCAAAAAGACAAGUGA